AUGACAAGUCAAAUACUCGUUUCAUCUGCUCCUGCGGAUGAUGAGAAGAACUUCAGUAUUAGGAUGAGAUUCAAAACUGGUCUUUUUCCUGAAAGAACACCUCCUCCAAUGGGUACCAGUUUAGUAGUUACAACGGAAGCAUUACUGACUCCAAAAAUUACCGUGGAUUUUUCCAUGGUUAUCUCUUCAAACUGUCCAACUCAGUAUGAUGCAGUUAAUUUCAUAAAGUGUCCUCAGUCGGUUAAUUAUGGUGGAGUCUAUGAUUAUUCUGUGAACUUCUUUAUAAGUAGACCAAUAGGAGAUUAUACGUUCACAUUCAGCACUGAUCAAUACAGUGCUUCGAUUGGACAUAUAUCUUUAACUCUAUCUCCAACAUUUGCUACCUAUCCGGAAGGCUACAAAAUAAAUACGGAGGAAUUCGUUACAUCGAAUGCCGUACUGACAACUUUCGGCUACGUAAGUGUUACAAAUCUACUGAGUCUAGGGGCUUAUGAUACUUCUCUACCAGUGUCCAACCGCUCAGUUCGUCUGACAGUUUUAUUCAGAUCUCUAACUAUAGCUUAACAUCAACUAAGUUUGAAGCGAAAGUCUC